ACCACAAUACUACCACCACUAUCGUCUACCUGUACCACCUAUACACGACCACUGCCACAAACAACACGCACUGACGACGCUCCGUUUUUCGUUCACUUUGAGUUAUAACUGCUUUCACUUAUGACCCCGUAAGCCGUACUCUGAUCAAACGACUCUGCCAUUAACCUCUGUUGUCCGUGGCUUUUGCAUUUCGCUAUAAACGCGUUUCAGUCGACAGCGAUCUAUAUUCCACUGCAAGCGUGCCACGAGACACCACCAAGAUGAAGUGAUUCCGGGGUCCCCGCAGACACCGUUCAGCCCGCACACGGCCGUGUGCCCAAACCCAACAAAACGACCAUGUCCGCGACGGCGAGUGCCAAUAUGGCUUCCUUAUUCAAAGAUGGUGCCACCAUCAAGAACAUAUCAACGAAAAUCAUCAGCAGCAUAUUUUUCACUUCAUAUAAUAAUAUACUCAAUCCAUUACAAAAUGUCAGGAAUGUCUCAAGUAGUACAACCAAGCUGCUCGUUGCUUUUAAGCAACGAGCCAACAACUGCUCUUUCUUCUAAAGCAAUAUGUAAUUUAAACGACACAGAAUGGGAUAAACUAACAAGGAGUGACAUGGCUGGAAAAUUAUUAGAUUACCUAGACAAAUUGUACGAUAAAAACGAUGAAUCUGAAACUAUCACAGAUUGGUUAAAUGAAGAAAAAUUCAUUGACCUUCCAAUAUUUGAUGAUUUCAUGACAAACACUUCUCCAAACAACACUGAAAUGAAACCAAUGGAAUAUCCAAAGUUUGUCCCUUCCAACAAAGCUAUCCAGUAUCAACCAUAUCCUACCCAACAGUAUGCACCUAUGUACUGCCAUGAAACGUCCAUUCAGCCAAAAUUCAACUAUGUUCCACCCGCUUCAUUGACACCACCUGAAAGUCCCAAAGAUACCGAUGUCCUAAUGUCUAUGCUAGAUGAUAUGCAACCAGAAGAACUCAGUCAGUUGGUAGUCGACGAAGACACAUUAUCAGACUUUAUGUCAUCAGAUGCUAGUAGCCAUACCGAUUCAUACAGUGAUAUAACAACCAAACGAGACAAACCAUACUCUCCAAAGGCACCCAACGAAGAAAAGCGACUACGCAAAAAAGAACAAAACAAAAAUGCAGCAACAAGGUACAGGAUGAAGAAAAAAGCUGAAAUCAAGGAAUCUGUAGUAGAAGAGAAACAACUUUUGCAAAGAAAUGAUACACUCAAGGACGAAGCUAAAGAACUGGCUAGAGAAAUUAAGUAUUUGAAAUCGCUGUUGAGGGAUGUUUACAAAGCCAAGGGACUAUUGAAUUGAAAUACAUUUAAAAAUGUUGAUCUGAUUAUUUAACUUUUAUGGCAUAUAUUUGAUAAAUAUUUAAAAUAUAGUGUUAAAAAUUGUCAUGUAGGUUUCGUUGGAGGGUUUUCUUGCAUAUGCAGUUUUAAUGUAUCCUUAAUUAUAAUUACAGUAUUAGAAUAUUAAAAAAAUCUACUUAUAACACCAGUGCAGCCAUUAUCUCCUUGUAAAUAUAUUCUUAUUCUUUUUCUACUAGUUAUAUUUUUAAAAAUUUUGUAUCCAUUAUUAGCUUGUUAGAACUAACCAAGAAAACUUGUAUAAUUUUCAAACAUACAUCUGAUCUUGUGAUAUAUUUAAAACAUACUUUUACUAUUGAAGUGUUGGUAAGACUUAAACUGUUUACUAAACAAUUGUCUUGAUAUUUAUCUAAACAAUGUUAGUGAAGCAUUUUUAACGACUUAACACAUUUGGUUUUGUAUAAUAUAUGAAAUCUCACAAGUUUUGUAUGCUUGAUUGUUAUAUUAAACCCCUUGGUUCAGUUAAGGAUAAAACAUUUAUUUAGCAUUCUUAUUAUUAGAUUAAGAAAAAUAAAAAAAUGAAUACAUAACAUAGCUUAACCUAUUUUAUUUUUUUUUAAAUUCAAAACCUUAUAUUAUUUUAAAAUAUAACAUUAUUUUAGUGAUUAUAAUUUAUUUUUUGAUUUCAAUUAUGAUUUUUAGUUUUACUUAUAAUUUACAUGCGUGUUUAUCGAUAAGGUUGUUAUGAUUAUUGUUUGAAUGAUAUUGCUGUUUCAACUUGGAAAUAUAUUGUAAAGUUCAUUUAUUUCUCAUAAAAAAUGAACUAACUGUUUUGCAAGUAAAACAAUUAGGUGUUGGACAAUUUUUAUCUCAAUUUUUAUUUGUAACGGGAUGAAAACUAUUUUUAUUUUAUUUUAUUAAAAAAUAUAUAUUAAGAUG